UAUUAAGCUUAAGAGAAAAGCUGACAUUAAUAAUUAGUGAUGUUUUUCUCACUCUAAAUUUUUCCCAUUGCCUGUUCCUGAUUUACAUUUUCCUUGAAGCGUGAUCUCUUGCCAAACUUCCGCUGUUUCCACCCAAGUCACACCUUGACUGACCGGAAAUUGCGUCGAAAUCUUAAUUAGUAGUUCAAGCGCAACUUUCUCUUUCGUGGCGUAAUAAACAUCUUCGUCCGAAGCACUGAACAAUGGAUUUAGUGAAUGUGUAUGCAUUGAUAAUUCUCGGAGUUGAUUUGUUGCUGUCGAGAACAGAUGGAGAGAGGCUAUGUUCCUGUUAUACCUUCAGUAAAAAACAAUGGUCAUGGUCAGAUGCGAGGGGCUCCUGUAAAGCCAACAAUAAAAUACUGGCAGUGAUGGAAUCAGAGCAGGAAUGGCAAUUUAUUACAAAUGAGAUUCAAAAUAAAACAAGCAAGCCAAAUAAUGAAUGGUUUAUAGGCUUGGAAAAAAAUUCAACAACAAACAGAUGGACUUGGAUCAAUGGUAAAUCUGUGACUAUUGACAAAUGGCAUAAGGAGGUCAACAAUCCAGACCCAGAUGACUCUUACGGAAUGAUACAUAAGGAAUAUCCAAAGGGAUUUAAAGGAUCAUUAAGUACCGCUAGGGGCUACUUACAAAGAGGAUGGAUUUGCGAGGAAGAAACAGGUAUUGAUCAGUACCAGAACGAGUAA